CAUAUGACAUCGUGCAUGAAAAUGGCGAGCCCCCCCUUCAAAUCCGCCUCUCCAUUAACGCCCCUCUUCUCUCUCUCUACUUAGCCCUUCUCUCUCUAAAACACCUCCAUCUCUUUAAGUUAACCCCUCCCCCUCCUCUCUCUCUCUCUCUCUCUCUCUCUCUCUCUCUAAAUAUCCUGAUUUCUGGGUAGAGUCAACAAGGUUGGGGAAUGGGGUUCGCUUUGAGUUCACAAGGAGGGGUGGUUUUGGCCGCUGCCAUGGCGUUUUCCGGCACCAUGAUCCUCUUAAAUAGUCACCGGAAAAAGCUUUUCGAUGAAUCUCUGGCUAAUCUCCGGCCUUGCAUCUCCUCUCAGGACAAGAGAAGAGAAGGAGAGAAGAAGAAGCAGAAGAAGAAGAAGAUGAUGAUGAGAAAAAGAGUUCACUUUGCAGAGGAUGUAAUGGAGCCAAAAGGAGAUAGCAAAGAGUUUAGAAGGAAGCACACCAUGGCACCAGCCUUGAGAAUUCAUGAAAAUAAGAGAGAAAUAAAUAAAAAAUCAGCAAUAAAUGAAGUGAGUAACAUGCCAGCCAAUUGGAGAGCACUGUACAGUGGAAUUCUAAGAGAUAGGUCACAAAGAAUGGCAUGGUUGGAAACCAAGGUCAAGAUGAUCUUAAAUAGUGACAGCUACAUCAUAGCCACAAUUAAACAAUUUGGUGAGUUGACAAUAUUGUUACAGGCAAGCAACAACUAUAUUUAUCAUGUGAAAAUAAACUCUAUGAUGAUAUUAUCAUUAACUCUCCACUGCCUAAUUGAAAAUCUCCACCACUCAAAUUUUUUCGACAAGUAUAAAUAAAUUACAUAUUUGGAU